GCUAUCCGUACUUCAGCUUUCAUUCAUGGAGCGAGAAGCGGUUGCCAAGAUGGCAGCGUCCGCUGACGGACAGACUCGGUACGGGCAGUCAGUGAAGGGGCUGCUGACCGAGAAGGUCAGCACGUGCGGCGCUGACGUAAUCGCACUGACCAAACAGGUGCUGAAGGGUUCCCGCAGCUCAGAGCUCCUUGGUCAUGCAGCAAGAAAUAUGGUAUUGCAGGAAGAUGUCAUCUUGCAUUCUGAAGAUAGCCUCAGAAAAAUGGCCAUUAUAACCACUCACCUGCAGUAUCAGCAGGAAGCUAUCCAGAAAAAUGUUGAGCAAUCUUCAAAUCUUCAGGACCAGCUAAAACAUCUACUGAAAUGAGAAGAUGCUGAUAUCCUGUGGACUCCAGUGGAGAAAAAGUUGUUACCAAAUAUUUCUGCAUAUUCAGGAUGUUUUUUGGUAGUACUAUAUCAGUGCAUUUCUCUGUGAAUCCUGAGAAUUACUUUAACUAUGUGUUUAACAACUUUGCAGAGAUUAAACUUAUAGAUUUACAGUAUCAGUCAUAUGAAAAUGUCAAGCUUAUACGAAUUGGAGCAUGUAAAUUUUGCACUACAGUGUCUCUUUAAAGGCCCAAUCCAGCAUAUAAUACUUUGGGGCAAUUUAAAUAAAAAUAAAUACAUACUAAAAUGUUACUAUGUUUAAGGAUGUAUUUAAUCUCCCAAGCUGUGUCCAUCUAAGGUGUUGGAGUCAUCCCCAUGUGCUUUCAGCCUUGCAGAUGUCAGUUGAGUACUGAUCACCAGAAAUCCAUGGGCAUGAGCAGAGAAGAAAUAAUAUUUACAACGUUGCUGUAUCCAUUCCAAGUUUAAAAAAAAAAAAUCACUUUGGAAGAUUAAACAUUAGAAUAAUUUUUAGAAAUAUUUUAUGGCUGCUUUAUUGGUAAUAUUAUGCUACUGCCCAAUAUCCUGUAAAGCCUAAAUGCGUCAGAUGAUACUGUUGGACAUAUUAAGAUAAGAUUUUAAUGUAUACUGUUUAAUAGAAGUUGUCCAAAUAUUUAGGCUUUUAUAAUAUAUUCAAGUGUGACCUUUAUCUGUUGUAUUCUGUUGGAUAUAUUAGCAAAACGUACUACUAAUAAACAGUAUUACAUUUUAAUGAUCAUACAUAUUGUUUAAAGUUUGUCAGCUGUGUGCAUGCGCAUUUGUCUCCUGUGCAUAGCCAGAAUUUGAACGGUUGCCAGCAGCAUUUGAAGCAGGAACAAAUGUGCAGCAAUCUACAACCAUAGCUAGAAGGUUGCUUGCAUGUUAACGUUACAUAACAUCGGUUACUAUUUGUAAAUUGAAACAUUUCAAAUACUAUUUAUGUCCUCUUAAAUACAGGUAUACCUCACUUUACAGCGUUUCACUUUACAGCGUUUCGCUAAUACAGCGCUUUGUGGAGCUGAAGUUCAACCUCCAAGGAUUUUAAAACAGUGCUGUAAAAAAGUGACUGGCACCAUUUUAUUAUCCUUAGUUCACUCUGUUUACAGCAUUACAGUGCAAUCUGUGUCUCAGUGCUAUACUCUGGCAAAUUGUACUUCAGUGAUUGUCACUAUUUUACAGGUACAGUAUUUAUUGAAUACUGUGCUAGUGUUAAACUAAACUUAGCGCUAUUGCACACCUAAUAUAAGUUAAUUAAAACAUGUUUUUAAGUUUUUAAAUACACUGGCAAGUGAAAAGAAAGCUAAAACUGCCUUGUUUCACUUUAAGGCAGUUUUCACUUUACAGCGGGGCUCCGGUCCCUAACCCGCUGUAUGAGCGGGGUAUACCUGUAAUAUGCAUUUUGCCUCUGAUGAACCAAUAAUGUUUUGUGCUUUUUAGAAAAUAGCUGAGCAUAUUGUUCUAAAACAUCAUAUGUACUGUAUAUAUUGAUGUGAAUAUUACUUUUAUGAUGAAUGCAUCAUUCUUGUAUGUAAAAUAAUCUUAUUUAAAAACUUGUUUUUUUGUAUUUCCUCAUCAUGUUAUUUGUAGCCUUAAAAAUGUAUGUAUAAUAAAUGUAUAAAAAAACAA